GCCGGGCCGCCAGCGGGACGCAGCCGGACGCCGGCGGGAGGCACGGGCCAGGGCCGAUGGAGACCCAGCUGCAGAGCAUCUUCGAGGAGGUGGUGAAGACGGAGAUCAUCGAAGAGGCCUUCCCGGGCAUGUUUAUGGACACUCCUGAAGAUGAGAAAACGAAGCUGGUUAGCUGUUUGAGCGCCUUCAGACAAUUUUGGAGUGGCCUUUCUCAGGAAUCUCAUGAACAGUGCAUUCAGUGGAUUGUUAAGUUCAUUCAUGGCCAGCAUAGUCCUAAAAGGAUUUCUUUUCUUUAUGAUUGUUUAGCAAUGGCAGUUGAGACUGGUCUUCUCCCACCUAGGAUGGUGUGUGAAUCCUUGAUAAACUCUGACACUCUUGAAUGGGAAAGAACACAGCUUUGGGCCUUAACAUUUAAACUAGUACGGAAAAUAAUUGGGGGAGUGGAUUACAAGGGUGUUCGAGAUCUCUUAAAAGUGAUUUUGGAGAAAAUUUUGACAAUACCCAAUACAGUAAGUUCAGCAGUUGUACAGCAGCUUCUGGCAGCAAGAGAGGUUAUAGCAUAUAUUUUGGAAAGAAAUGCCUGUUUAUUACCGGCCUAUUUUGCAGUCACAGAGAUCAGGAAAUUAUAUCCUGAGGGGAAGCUUCCACAUUGGCUACUUGGGAACCUGGUAUCAGACUUUGUGGAUACCUUCAGACCUACAGCAAGGAUAAAUUCUAUUUGUGGCCGCUGCAGUCUUCUGCCAGUCGUAAAUAACUCAGGUGCUAUAUGUAAUUCAUGGAAGUUGGAUCCUGCUACUCUUCGUUUUCCAUUGAAAGGCCUUUUGCCAUAUGAUAAGGAUCUGUUUGAACCACAGACUGCUUUGUUGAGAUAUGUAUUGGAGCAGCCUUAUUCCAGGGAUAUGGUCUGCAAUAUGCUAGGUUUAAAUAAGCAGACCUUGAACAUUGCUCAGCACAAACAGCGCUGUCCUGUGCUGGAGGACCAGCUGGUGGAUCUGGUGGUUUACGCCAUGGAGCGAUCUGAGACCGAAGAAAAAUUUGAUGAUGGGGGAACAAGUCAACUACUGUGGCAGCAUCUCUCAAGUCAGCUCAUUUUCUUUGUGCUUUUCCAGUUUGCCAGUUUUCCACAUAUGGUUCUUUCUCUUCAUCAGAAGUUAGCUGGGCGAGGACUGAUUAAAGGCAGAGAUCAUCUGAUGUGGGUCCUCCUGCAAUUUAUUUCUGGAAGUAUUCAGAAAAAUGCACUAGCUGAUUUUCUCCCUGUUAUGAAGCUCUUUGACCUUCUAUAUCCAGAAAAAGAAUUUAUCCCAGUUCCAGAUAUUAACAAACCCCAGUCAACUCAUGCAUUUGCAAUGACAUGCAUUUGGAUUCAUCUCAAUAGAAAAGCCCAAAAUGACAACUCUAAGCUACAGAUUCCAAUACCCCAUUCCCUAAAACUUCACCAUGAGUUCCUGCAGCAGAGUCUGAGAAAUAAAAGUCUACAGAUGAAUGACUAUAAGAUAGCCCUGCUUUGUAAUGCAUACUCGACAAAUUCAGAAUGUUUUACUUUACCCAUGGGAGUUUUGGUAGAAACUAUCUAUGGAAAUGGGAUUAUGAGGAUACCUCUUCCUGGAACUAGCUGUUUAGCUUCAAGCUCUAUUACACCCUUACCAAUGAACCUCCUGGAUUCAUUGACAGUUCAUGCCAAAAUGAGCCUUAUUCAUAGCAUUGCAACCAGAGUAAUAAAACUUGCUCAUGCAAAGUCCAGUGUGGCCUUGGCUCCAGCACUGGUGGAAACAUACAGCCGUUUAUUGGUGUAUAUGGAAAUAGAAUCUCUGGGCAUCAAAGGAUUUAUCAGUCAGCUUCUGCCAACGGUUUUUAAGUCCCAUGCCUGGGGGAUCUUACACACACUUCUUGAAAUGUUCAGCUACCGGAUGCACCACAUUCAGCCCCAUUACAGAGUUCAGCUCCUCAGUCAUCUGCACACUUUGGCUGCAGUUGCACAAACCAACCAGAACCAGCUCCAUCUCUGUGUUGAGAGCACUGCUCUCAGGCUUAUAACAGCAUUAGGUAGCUCGGAAGUGCAGCCACAGUUCACACGCUUUCUUAGUGAUCCGAAAACAGUGCUGUCAGCAGAAUCUGAAGAACUGAAUCGAGCCUUGAUAUUGACCUUAGCUAGAGCAACUCAUGUAACAGACUUUUUUACAGGCUCUGAUUCCAUUCAGGGAACUUGGUGUAAAGACAUUCUUCAGACCAUCAUGAGUUUUACUCCUCAUAAUUGGGCUUCCCACACCCUUAGCUGUUUCCCAGGUCCCCUGCAGGCUUUCUUUAGACAAAAUAAUGUACCUCAGGAAAGUCGUUUCAAUCUGAAAAAGAAUGUGGAAGAAGAGUACAGGAAGUGGAAAUCAAUGACUGUUGAAAAUGAUAUUAUUACCCACUUUUCUACACAACGUUCUCCUCCUCUCUUUCUCUGUCUUCUCUGGAAAAUGCUCUUGGAAACAGAUCAUAUUAAUCAGAUUGGCUAUAGAGUAUUAGAGAGAAUUGGAGCAAGAGCCUUGGUAGCUCAUGUGAGAACAUUUGCAGAUUUUCUGGUGUAUGAGUUUUCAACAUCAGCCGGGGGUCAACAACUCAACAAAUGCAUUGAAAUUCUUAAUGACAUGGUAUGGAAAUACAAUAUUGUUACAUUGGACAGACUAAUUCUCUGCCUGGCUAUGCGUAGCCAUGAAGGAAAUGAAGCCCAGGUUUGUUACUUCAUAAUUCAGUUGCUGUUACUCAAACCAAAUGACUUUAGAAAUCGAGUUAGUGACUUUGUAAAGGAAAAUUCCCCAGAACACUGGCUACAGAACGACUGGCACACCAAGCAUAUGAAUUACCACAAGAAAUAUCCAGAGAAGCUUUAUUUUGAAGGCCUGGCAGAACAGGUUGAACCUCCUGUGCCAAUCCAAUCCCCCUAUCUACCCAUCUACUUUGGAAAUGUAUGUCUUCGAUUCCUUCCUGUAUUUGAUAUAGUUAUACACAGAUUUUUAGAGUUGCUUCCAGUAUCCAAAUCAUUGGAAACUCUACUAGAUCAUCUCGGAGGCUUAUAUAAAUUUCAUGAUCGUCCAGUGACUUAUUUAUACAAUACUCUGCACUAUUAUGAAUUGCACCUCAGAGAACGUAAUUUUCUCAAACGUAAACUUGUCCAUGCAAUCAUUGGCUCACUCAAAGAUAACCGACCACAAGGCUGGUGUCUAAGUGACACUUACUUGAAGAAUGCUAUGAAUGCACGAGAAGAUAAUCCUUGGAUCCCAGAGGAUUCCUACUAUUGCAGAUUGAUUGGCAGACUAGUAGAUACUAUUGCUGGUAAAUCUCCUAGUCCAUUCCCAAACUGUGACUGGAGAUUCAAUGAGUUUCCCAACCCAGCUGCCCAUGCGUUGCAUGUUACUUGUGUGGAGCUUAUGGCCUUAUCUGUUUCAGGCAAUGAUGUUGGAAAUGCUCUUCUAAAUGUUGUCCUGAAAAGUCAGCCUUUAGUGCCAAGAGAGAACAUUACCGCAUGGAUGAAUGCAAUUGGGCUCAUAAUUACUGCUCUACCAGAGCCAUAUUGGAUUGUCCUUCAUGAUCGAAUUGUGAGUGUUAUCAGCAGCCCCAGCCUGACUACUGAGACAGAGUGGGUUGGUUAUCCUUUCCGCCUCUUUGAUUUCACUGCUUGUCAUCAAUCCUACUCUGAAAUGAGCUGUAGCUAUACAUUAGCUCUAGCUCAUGCUGUUUGGCAUCAUUCUAGCAUUGGGCAACUUUCACUCAUUCCCAAAUUUCUUACUGAAGCACUUCUUCCUAUAGUAAAAACUGAAUUUCAGUUGCUUUAUGUGUACCAUCUUGUGGGACCCUUUUUGCAAAGAUUUCAACAAGAGAGAACUCGAUGCAUGAUAGAGAUUGGUGUAGCAUUCUACGACAUGCUGCUGAAUGUAGACCAGUGUAGCACCCACUUAAACUACAUGGAUUCAAUCUGUGACUUCCUGUAUCAUAUGAAAUAUAUGUUUACUGGUGACAGUGUAAAAGAACAAGUUGAGAAGAUUAUCUGUAAUUUGAAACCAGCUUUAAAACUUCGCCUUCGAUUCAUCACACACAUCAGUAAGAUGGAACCAGCAUCAGUGCCUCCACAAUCCAUAAAUAAUGGGUCUCCAGCACCUCAAUCUAAUCAGGUUCCAGUGUCCUUACCAGUAACUCAGUGAAGUCGGGGUGUACAGCAGUGAAAAUGGAAACA